GAGAAUAAAAGACGAGGAACCAGAAACUUUGAGAAUAAAACACGAGGAACAAGGAGAGUUCAUUGAAGAAAAAGAGGAAAAUGAAGAAUCAAGUGAAGUUGAGGAGAAAAAUCGUGUCAAAACUGGUGGAAAACCUUUGAUUUGCUCUCAAACCAAACAGACAUAUUUAAAGAAAAAAAGAGUUAAGAAAUCUUUCACCUGCACUCAGUGUGGAAAGAGUUUCACAUUUAAAUCAAAUCUUAAACGUCACAUGAGAGUUCAUACUGGAGAGAAACCAUUCACUUGCAAUCAAUGCAGGAAGAGCUUCACACAUCAACUAAGUCUUAAGUGUCACAUGAGAGUUCAUACUGGAGAGAAACCAUUCACUUGCGAUCAGUGCGGGAAGAGUUUCACACAUAAAUCAAAUCUUAAGUGUCACAUGAGAGUUCAUACUGGAGAGAAACCAUUCACUUGCGAUCAGUGCGGGAAGAGUUUCACACAAUCAUCAAACUUUAAGGAUCACAUGAAAAUCCACACUGGAGAGAAGCAGCAUGCAUGUGAUCAAUGCAGUAAAAAGUUUUUAUGGGCUUCACUUCUGAAGAAACACUUGAAAGCUCAUGCAAAGAAGCAGCCACAUUCAUGUCAUUUGUGUGGUAAGAGUUUUUUGCUUCUACAAAGUUUGAAAGAACAUCAGAAAAUACAUACUGGUGUGAGAGAGUACAUGUGCGUUGAGUGUGAAAAGACUUUUAGGUCAGAGAGCAGUUUAAAACUGCAUGAGAGGAUUCACACUGGAGAGAAACCUUAUGAGUGUUCACACUGUGGAAUGAGAUUCAGUGUGUCAUCGACUCUGAAAACACAUGAUAGGAUUCACACUGGAGAAAAACCUUACAAGUGUUCACACUGUGACAAGAGAUUCAGUGUGUCAUCGAGUCUAAAAACACAUGAGAGGAUCCACACUGGAGAGAAACCUUACAAGUGUUCACACUGUGACGAGAGAUUCAGUCGUUCAUCAAAUCUGAGAGCACAUGAGAGGAUUCACACUGGAAAGAAACCUUACAAGUGUUCACACUGUGACGAGAAAUUCAGUCAUCCAUCACGUCUGAAAACACAUGAGAGGAUUCACACUGGAAAGAAACCUUACAAGUGUUCACACUGUAACAAGAGAUUCAGUCAGUCAUCAAAUCUGAAAACACACGAGAGGAUUCACACUGGAGAGAAACCUUACAAGUGUUCACACUGUGACGAGAAAUUCCGUCAUUUAGCACAUCUGAAAAGACAUGAGAGGAUUCACACUGGAGAGAAACCUUAUAAGUGUUCACACUGUGACAAGAGAUUCAACAAUUUAUUAUGUCUGAAAAGACAUGAGAGGGUUCACACUGGAGAGAAACCUUACAAGUGUUCACACUGUGACAAGAAAUUCAGUCAGUCAUCAAGUCUGAAAAAACAUGAGAGGAUUCACGCUGGAGAGAAACCUUACAAGUGUUCACACUGUGACAAGAGAUUUAGUCAGUCAUCAAAUCUGAAAACACAUGAGAGGAUUCACACUGGAGAGAAACCUUACAAGUGUUCACACUGUGACAAGAGAUUCGGUGUGUCAUCGAGUCUGAAAACACAUGAGAGGAUCCACACUGGAGAGAAACCUUACAAGUGUUCACACUGUGAUGAGAGAUUCAGUCGUUCAUCAAAUCUGAAAACCCAUGAGAGGAUUCACCCAGGAGAGAAAGCACAUAAACGCAAUGCACAUGGGACGUGUUCCAUUAAGUCUUCUGUUAUACACAGUCAAACAAAAACCAACCACAGUAAGGCCCUGUACAGGCGGAGACGCAUUUAGCUGUAUAUGUAAAUAUUUUGUAUGGUAUACGUGUUUCGUCCAGACGGAUCCAGCAUUCGGGGCAGUGAAAACCCAAUUUUUUAAAAAAACCAGAGUGGAUAAAUCUGAAAAUGACACCUUUGUGUUUUUGUGUACUGCCAAUCCACAUAUUUUGUGAAACAAUGAUGUCAUCACCCCACAUCUCGACCAUAGUCAGACACCACUACGUCAUUUAACACCAACAACAAUAAAGGACUACAUGUUUGUGCUCAUGCUGCAGAAGCUACUGAGCCUGUAAGCUUGACUAAACUUACUAGUAGAGCAGCACGAUAUUGAAAAAAAAAAACUCACAUCGCGAUAAUUUUUCUCAGCGAUGUAUGUUGCGAUAUGGAAAAAAAGUAUCACCAGAUGACUUGAACAGCUCUAUUUGGAAAUAAAUAAAUAAAUGGGGUGAUUUUAUAGGUGAAUAAAUCAACUAAGAAAAUAAGCAAAUUACAAUAAUUGAUAAAUAUAAUAGAAAAAGGAUACAAAUGAAAUAAAAAUAAAUGCUUUAUUUUCUUCAGGUAAGUCGAACUGUUACUGUCGGUUACAGUUAAGUUUACUACGUUACUGCUGCGUUACAUUGCUGACAGAAUGCAGUGUUUAUAAUCUAGAGAUUGUAAAGAGGAUGUAGCACACGCACUGUCAAGUCAAGUGCCAGUGGAUUACAGACUUGCUCCCGCGAGACCCGAUGCAACAGAGCGGCGCGGGACAAGACUCGCGUGUGUGCAGGAUGCAGGAAAACAAAAUGAUAUAUGGGACUCCCAAAAAGUAGAAAUAUCUAAACAUAAAAUAUCUAAAACAAAUAAAUUGUUAUUCAUCUAUUGCUCAAAAGCAAAAUGAA